AUGCCGGUGAAACAAGGAUUUCAACUGCCAUCAGGAGACAUAUUUCCCAGUGUAGGAUUUGGUACCUGGACGGUGUGGUCGGCUGAGAAAGGAGUUAUACAUAAAGCAGUAAAAGAAGCUAUAACUGUAGGAUAUAGACAUAUUGACUGUGCCUAUGUUUAUCAAAAUCAAGAUGAAGUAGGACAAGCUAUUAAAGAUAAGAUAGAAGAUGGUACAGUGAAAAGAGAAGAUCUAUUUAUUGUCACAAAGGUGUGGAAUACAGCACAUCGACGUGGUGCCGUUAAAGAACAACUACAGAAAUCACUGAAACAGUUAGAGUUAACUUAUGUUGAUCUUUACCUCGUUCAUUAUCCAAUAUCAUUCAAGGAAGGUGAUGAUAUUUUCCCUAAAGACGAUGAUGGCAAUCUGAUAUUUGAGCACUAUGACAUCGUUGAUACUUGGAAGGGUAUGGAAGAUUGUGUUGACAGUGAUUUAGCCAGGAAUAUCGGAAUAUCCAACUUUAACCACCUACAAAUCGGUAGAAUUAUAGACGCUGCUAGGAUACAACCUUGUGUUAUACAGCUAGAAGUCAAUCCGACGAUUGCCAAUACUAAAUUAGUAGAUUUCUGUAAGCAGAAAAAUAUUGUGGUAACAGCGUACGCUCCCCUUGGUAACCCCAACAGAUCAUGGAAAGAAAGCAAAGAUCCAACUAUUCUAGCUGACCCGGUUUUAAACGAAAUCGCUUUAUCUAAGGGAAAGUCUGUGGCACAGGUGGUGUUAAGAUUUCUUCUACAACGUGAUCUGGUUGUUAUUCCAAAAAGUGCCAAUGCUGACAGAAUCAAAGAGAAUUUUCAGUUAUUUAAUUUUGAGCUGAACGAGGCCGAGAUGAAGAAAAUAUGGUCACUUGAUAAAAAUUUCAGAGUUUAUACAAAACCAAUAGCUGUGGAUCAUCCUGAAUACCCAUUCCAUAUUGAAUACUGA